CUCGUUUUGGGCGAGAAGGCUAAGACCAGCCGUUCCAACUUCACAUCCACUACUAUGGCUUUUUGGGGAGUUGAGGUGAAGCCUGGGAAACGUGUCCUUUCUAGCACAAAUGGUAAAAGACUUCGAAUUACUCAGGCGUCUUUGGGAAUUGGUAAUGCGGCGGAAAAGACCAUUGUCCAAUGUAGAGUUGGGAGGAAGAACAGGCCAAUUAUCCUCUGCGCUUUGGUGCCAUAUAUAGCUGAGUCAUGUUGUUUGGAGUUGGAAUUUGACGAGGUACAUGAUAUGAUCUUCUCAGUGAUUGGCCCACGGAGUAUUCACCUGACGGGUUAUUUUGUCCAUGACAAUAGACCUUUUCUUCUAGACAGUGAUGUAGAACCAUAUGGAAUUAGUAUUGAAGAUAUUGAAGGGGAUUCUUAUCACUCUGAAGAUGAUGAAUAUGAAGGCAGUUUUAUUGAUGACAGCGAGCUACCAGUUCCGGCACCUUCCCCGAUAUUCUCUCACCAAGAGAUACAAAAAUAGGUGAUUAAAAAGAAAUUCCCCAACAGAUGGAGUCCCAAGAAGUUGUUGAUGAUGAUGCUAAAGAUCGGGAACUAGAAAAUGGUGAAAGCAAGGAUGCAAUGGUGUUUCGUGAUAGUGUCAAGAAUAGCAAUAUUAUUGGAGAGGACGGAACACACACAGCUCACAUCACUUGCACUCAUAUUCAGCCAAAUGACUCUACAAAUGUGUUUGUGUGGAGUGAUAAAGACCAAUCACUGGAGGAGAUGAUGGUGAUUACUGAUAGUGUAAAAAAUAAAGUUGUUAUUGGAGAGGAUGGAACACAGUUAUCACAGAACAUGUCUGAUCAUAUUCAAGCAAAUGAGUCUAAAAAUGUUGAUGCUAAUACUGUUCAUGACUCACUAACCAUGGAUACUCAAUCCAAGAAGAGGACUUUGGAGAAAAAGAAAACACCUGAGCAUAAAAAAAGUAAACCCGAAGUUGAAGGUAGUUCUGGUACAAAUGUAUGCAAUUCCAUUCAGAAUGAGGGGAAGGUAGUUGUAUAUGAGCCAAAUGAAGAAAAGAUGGUCGUAUACAAGCAGGAUAAUGUAACUGAAAAACAAUGUGAAGCACAUUCUUUAUCAAAUGGGUUGAUUACUGAAGAACUGACUAAGAGAGAUCCUAAUGGAAAAUUAGCUCUGCAUGGGAGAAAGGUCAAAAUUCAUUUCACUGGAAUGUUGAAGGAAACUGGAGUAGUCGUUGAGACUAGUGUUGGCAAAAAUUCCUGCAAAUUUCGCCUUGGUGAUGAAAAAAUAAUUGAUGGUUGUAACAUGGGCAUUGAUGGUAUGCGUCUUGGUGAUAAGAGGAGACUUAUAAUCCCACCAUCUCUAGGUUUUGGAGAACAAGGAUUUGGAACAAGUGUACCUCCAAGCUCAUGGCUGGUGUAUGAGAUUGAAUUGGUUGGCGUGCAAUGUCGACGUGACAAGUCCAUUGUUUCCAAAUACAAGCAUUAAAUAUUUUUGAUAGUAUGAACAUUUGAUUGAGAAGUCUGCAUAAUAUGAACAGUACUGAUUUAAGAACCUUGUCUUAUUUCCUGAAUGAUUUCUAUUCCUACUGUUACUGGUGUUCUACCUUUUACUGAGAAGAAAGGCCUUUGGAUACUGCAACUUGUUUUUUGCAUGAUGUGGUAGUAAGUGGUAACACAGAUUUAAAGGGCUGCAGAACCAAUGGAACAGGCUCUUGGAAGGCAUUAGAUACAUGGCAUCGAUUAACAGGUUCAUGAGAAUUCAGGAAAUAUUGAUCUUCAUACUGUGAAUUAGGGGAUGCUGCGUGAGAUCUGCUUAUCACUUGAGAGCUA